ACCACAAGGCCACCCACCACAACUCAUUAUCGCAUCAAAAACAAAACCUCAGAAACAAAUCUAUUGACUAAGUUUCUUUGAAGUGUAAAAGAGCAGAGAUGGAGUCAAUGAAGAUGAGGCUUAUGGUGGUGUUGAUGGUUGCUAUUGUGGCUUUCUCAGCCGUAGGAAAGGCGGCAGCUCAGACGGCAGAGGCUCCAGCUCCAAGUCCGACUUCUGAUGCCGCUAUGUUCGUCCCGGCAUUGUUUGCAUCUGUUGUUGCUUUGUCAUCUGGGUUUCUCUUUUAAACCAAUCUCUACAUAUCAUAUAGAGUUAGGGUUUGUUACUUUGUUUUCCCUUUACUUCCUGUCUAUUUUCAUCAUUUGAGCCUUUUUGUUAUUGUUUCUAAUAUUUGUUCUACUGUAUACUAUUUCUUAUUAAUAUAACCUUCGGGUUUUGAUGUAAUUGCAUGAGAUUGUUUGUGUUUAUAUGUUAUAUAAUUAUUACCACCA